AGGCCUAACUAUUGGCGCCGUAAAUCAGUCGAGUCUUGGAUUUAGUAGAGUGUAGAGUGUAGCCUGUGUUUUAACAAGCAUCUAGGGACACCUACAGCGCACGCAGACUAAACGGCGUUUAUAUCUCCUUGAAGUUGUAAUAUUAGAAGAUAAACUCAAGUUUAACUCUGUAGCCAGCUAUAGGAAUAUUACGCAGGACAAUAACUGCUUAUAUAGAAGAUCUUCGCACUCAGAUUAAAUUCAAGCAUUGAAGAUGCCUAUAGAAAGAAAAGGAAUUAGGGCUUUGCAGAUUUGGUGCAGACGAGUAACCGAUGGAUACGAAAAUGUGAAUAUUCUUGACAUGUCGUCUUCCUGGAGAGAUGGUUUAGGAUUCUGUGCACUUAUUCAUCAUUUCAGACCCACACUCAUAGAUUUUCCAAGUUUAAAGGCUGAAAACAUAUUUGAGAAUAAUAAUCUUGCAUUCACUGUAGCUGAAGAGCAUUUGGGUAUUCCAGCUCUUUUAGACCCACAGGAUAUGGUUGAAUGUGAGGAACCGGACAGGUUUUCAAUUGUUACCUACGUCUCCCAGUUCUAUCACUUACUGAAGAACGAGGAUAACUCUUGUCUCUCUCCGUCCUUGUCCCGGCUCCGUAUCUCUGGAGUAUCAGAGUCCGAAUCUGAUUCUCUCUGCUCCUCUGCGGAGUCUACGCCUUUGGGAACGCCGCGAACUGUUCCCCGAAGCGUGUUCUCCACGGACAAUCCCCUUCUCAGGAACAACAAGUUCUCACCUGACCUCAGCGUCACCCUGACUGAGAGUACGCAUCUGAAAUCCAGUGCUGGCAUUACAAUAAGUUCUGUUUGUCAGGAUUUGACAAGACAGUUGUAUAUACACCAAGAAAAAGAAACAUAAUCAAACAGCAGCUAAUAAACUUCUUAGAUAGAUAGCACAAAACAUCAUUGUUUAUCUAAAUGUUUUUUCCCCUUUAUUAAAUCUAUACAAUAUUUAAAAUCUCAUGUA